UCAGUCUUGGCUUUCCUUCAGCGGGGAGAAGUGAUAAGACAGUCAUGAUGAGGUCGGGAAAUGUCUUGUGCAAGUGGACGCGCAGGUCGUUGAUAUUUUCCGCUGUCUUCUUUGUUGGAUUUCUAAUAGGAUGGAUUGGUCGACCGUGUACCCACUUCAUUCCGGUGAAAAAUCGAGAUAUUCGGAGCAAAUUGCUGCAUGAAAUGCAAGCUGAAAACAUCAGAGCAUAUCUCCGGAAUUGGACACAAUUUCCUCAUUCAGCUGGCACUAUGAAGAAUCUCCAGUUAGCCCAAGAGAUACAAAGACAAUGGAAGAACUGGGGUCUAGAUUCAGUUGAAUUGGCGGAAUAUGAUGUCUUGUUGUCUUACCCAAACAAAAGCAGUCCUAAUUACAUCUCUAUCAAUAAUGAAAAUGGACAUUCGAUCUAUAAUACAUCCCUCUUUGAACCACUGCCUCCUGGAUAUGAACAUGUAGAGGAUCUGGAACCACCUUUCAAUGCCUAUUCUCCACCAGGGAUGCCAGUGGGGGACUUGAUCUAUGUUAAUUAUGCUCGUCAUGAGGAUUUCUCCUGGCUGCAAAAGCAAAUGGGCAUUGACUUCACUGGGAAGAUUGUAAUUGCCAGAUAUGGGAAAAUCUUCAGAGGAAACAAGGUUAAGAACGCAGUGGAAGCCGGUGCUAAAGGAAUCAUUCUUUUCUCUGACCCAGUUGAUUAUGGCGCACCAGGGGUGCUACCUUACCCAAGAGGCUGGAACCUCCCUGAGACUGGUGUUCAGCGUGGAAAUGUAUUGCUCACGAACGGAGCUGGAGAUCCUCUAACUCCUGGAUUUCCAGCUAAUGAAUAUGCCUUCAGAUUGGAUGAAGCUGUUGGUCUUCCAAACAUCCCUGUUCAUCCUAUUGGCUAUCGAGAUGCAGAAAAGUUGUUGCAACACAUGGCAGGAUUUCAAGCCCCCCCUGAAUGGAAAGGACAACUGAAUGUUUCUUACAAUAUUGGACCUGGCUUCAAGGACAGUUACUCCUCACAUAAAGUCCAAAUGCAUGUCUACACGAGAAAUGAGGUGAGAAGAAUUUACAAUGUCAUUGGCAAGAUUCAGGGAGCUGUGGAGCCAGAUCGGUAUGUGAUACUAGGAGGUCAUCGUGAUGCGUGGGUCUUUGGAGGUAUAGAUCCAACCACUGGAGCUGCUGUUACGCAUGAAGCUGUGAGAAGUUUUGCAAAGCUUGUGAAAGAGGGUUGGAGGCCCAGAAGAACCAUAAUAUUUGCCAGCUGGGAUGCUGAAGAAUAUGGUAUGUUGGGAUCCACAGAGUGGGUAGAGGACAAUGCCAAACUGCUUCAGGAACGAGCUGUGGCAUAUAUCAAUGCAGAUUCAGCUAUUGAAGGUAACUACACACUGAGAGUUGACUCUAGUCCAUUACUCAACCAAGUGGUUUAUAACUUGACUAAAAAGAUGCCAAGCCCUGAUGAUGGUUUUGAGGGAAAAUCCCUUUACCAGAGUUGGUAUGAGAAAGAUCCUUGGACAGAGUACAAGGAAGCUCCCAGGAUAAGAAAACUAGGAUCAGGCAGUGACUUUGAAGCUUUCUUUCACCGACUUGGCAUUACAUCUGGCCGUGUGCGAUACACAAAAAACAGAAAAAUUGACAAAUACAGCAAUUACCCAAUGUAUCAUACUGUGUAUGAAACAUUUGAGUUGGUGGAACAGUUCUAUGACCCAUCCUUUAGAAAACUGCUUACAGUGGCCCAGAUAAGAGGAGGAUUAGUUUAUGAGAUAGCGGACUCUACCAUCAUACCUUUUGACUGCAGGGAUUAUGCUGAUGCUUUGAAUGAAUAUGCAAAAGUAAUUUAUGAGCAAGCAAAGCAGAAUCAAAUGCUGCUUGACAAGUAUCAUGUUGUCUUCGACUCUUUGUUCUCUGCUGCACUUAACUUUACACGUGUUGCCAUGGAGUUUCAUGAACGAUUAAAAAUGAUUGACACUAGCAACCCCCUAGUGGCACGAAUGUUAAAUGACCAGUUGAUGCUGUUGGAAAGAUCCUUCAUUCAUCCUCAGGGAUUACCAGGGAGACCCUUCUACAGGCAUAUCAUUUAUGCUCCUAGUGCCCACAAUAAGUAUGCAGGAAUACCCUUUCCAGGAAUCUAUGAUGCACUCUUUGACACAGCAUAUGUUCCAGAUCAAUAUAAAGCCUGGCAGGAAGUGAAAAAGCAGAUUGCUAUUGCGUCCUUUACAGUGCAGGCUUCUGCUGAGACAUUAAAGCAAAUGUAAUUUAAUUGGUUUUAUGACUGAUGGAUGGUAUUCAAAACAAAGUUUUUCACUGUGUUUCAGUGCACAAGACAAGAACAAUUUACUUUGAGAUGCUGUGGAAAAGAAAUUAGAAAUGGAGCUAAAGAAGUAUCAUUAAGCCCAUCCUAUCUUGACUAACCAUUUCAGAAUAUAAGGAAAUCAAAUAAAGCUAUCUUUCACACAAAACCAAUUAUUUGUUCAUCGUUCUCUAUAAUGUACUCUCAGAUGUGCUAAUUAUCAUUUUCUGUUUUAGUUGGAUCAUAUUAAAAGCUAAUCUUUGUACACAACAGGAUAAUUCAGGCUAAAUAUGUUGAUGUAAAUGUACAGUGUACUGGGUAUGUUAAUCAAAAUGGCUUCUUUGGUUUACUAGAGUAGGAAUGCUUUUAUGUUUGAUAAGUGUUUUCUCUUGCAGUUGUUUAGCUUUGGACUUGCUGAUAUGGGGAUUGUAUUCAUUUGUUAACCAAUGGGGAAUGUUAUUUUGUCUUGUGAGGCUGGGAACUUGGGGGGGUUUCGCGGUCUUUUGAGGGGAGGUGGGAAGGAGACGCCGAGGAAGUUGGAAGUGCGCUGCACUGCUCGGUCGACCACCAGGGGUGAUCCCAGGUGCAAGGACAUGGAGGUCGGAAGAAAGUGACGAGGGGUUGAAUGGUUCGAUGGUUCAGCUUCAACGUUGUGCACUAAACUGACUGAACUUUGAUAAGUUGGCGCCUUUUACUUUAUUUUCUUUUCCUUCAUAUAUACUGUAUUGCAUAGUACUCUUUUAGUUUUAGUAAAAUCUUUAAAGUGUAUUGCAUAACAGUAUCUGGUGUGAGUUUGAUAUUGUGUAUGUAUGCGCGGCAUAAACUUGAUUCUCACGGCACCUGCGUAUACGGGAGGUGGGGUUGGUGAGUGACUGGAUCUCCUUUUCCCCUAGACAUAUACCAGCCUGUUGGGUAAGUGUUACAUAAAUAUAAAUUGCAAAUUGCAAUCAGUAUUCAAAUACCAGAAUUGUGAGCAUCCAACUGUUUAAAAUAGCAGCAACUCUGAAACUUGUUAAUAAUAUCGAUUUUAUGUUUAAAUUCAGUUCAAUAUAUCCAGCUGACCUUGCAUUGUAACUAUCAGAAUGUUUGCUGCUGCUAUUUCUCUCCGUGCCCUGUGGUGCGUUGGGCAGCAACCUUGCUGUUUCUUUAGCAUUUUAUCUGUUUUCUUUCACGAAGCCGAGUUGCUAGCUGGACGCUCUACUCAGCAUGGAUGGAAAGCGUGCAAGGAGCCAGCCAGAUUCUAACCUAGGACCAGUCACCUCAUCCUGGCUGAGGUCACCACCAGCAAUAUCAGAAUGUUUAUAGCCUCAAUACUAUGUACAACUUUUAAUUAUUUAAUCACGUUGCUGUAAAACUCAGAAAUCCAGAGUUUGACCUCCUCUAGAUUAAUUGUAUGUUUAAAUAUAUUCCUCAUUUACAUAAAAAUUGGCAUUUCAUUCAAAUUGUGAAGUUUGACUAGUAUAUUUUGAUGAAUUUUUACUGUCAGUCAUUAAAUGUGAUACUUGGGUUUGGUAAGAUUCAUUUGGUUGGUGAUAUGCAUAAAAUAUAGCUUAUAGAUUUCAUACCCUGAUGGUCUGUUUAUUGUUGCUGGUGAUUUUAACCACGCGAACCUUAAGUCAG